AUCCUCCCCACCCCCGGCGCCCUCCGGCCCCGCCGCGGCGCCGCACCUCCGCCCCGGCACCGCCGCCUCUCCUCGACCGCUCCGCUCCGCUCCGCGGAACCGCUCCUGCGAAACUUUGCACCCCGACCGGCGCUGGGAAAGCGGGCAUCAAAACAAUGAUUCCUCCGGGGGAAUGCCUCUAUGCUGGGAGGAAAAGGAGGAAACCCAUUCAGAAACAAAGGCCUGCAGCUGGAAAUGAAAAAUCAAAUCCUUCAAAGAGGCACAGGGACCGCCUAAAUGCAGAACUAGACCAUCUGGCCAGCCUCCUGCCUUUCCCACCCGACAUAAUAUCCAAGCUGGACAAGCUGUCUGUGCUGCGCCUUAGUGUCAGCUACCUGCGAGUCAAAAGUUUCUUUCAAGCCAUUCAAGAAAAGCACUUUAAGAAACAAGUUGGUCAGACAAUAAAAGAAGACAAUGUAUCUAACAAGACUGCUGUUCAGGAAGGUGGACUUCUACUAGAGUCACUGAACGGUUUUGCAUUGGUGGUGAGUGCAGAUGGAAUGAUAUUUUAUGCAUCAUCAACGAUUGUGGACUACCUAGGGUUUCAUCAGACUGAUGUAAUGCACCAAAACAUAUAUGAUUACAUUCAUGUUGACGAUCGCCAGGAUUUCUGUAGACAACUGCACUGGGCCAUGAAUCCACCUCAGAUGUCUGGACAGCAGCUACAGACAGAAACAGGAGAAGAAUAUAUUCUCAGUAAAUUGUUUAAAGCACAAGAGAAUGACAGCACAACAACAGAUUAUUCUUCCUUCUUAACUCGUUGUUUCAUCUGUCGAGUUCGCUGCUUGUUGGACAGUACUUCUGGCUUCCUUACAAUGCAGUUUCAAGGCAAACUGAAGUUUCUUUUUGGACAAAGGAAGAAGUCCUCAUCAGGAGCAGUAUUACCACCUCAGCUGUCCUUAUUCUGCAUAGUGGUACCACUACUUCUCCCUUCUGUGACAGAGAUGAAGAUGAAAAGCCUACUUGUGAAAACAAAACACAAAGCUGAUGAUGCAGCAGUGAAUGCAAACUCCAGUUCCAAAGGUAAUUCAGGUCUGUGUGAAGCAGCAGAAUUAUAUGGAAGAAAUAGUCAUCAUGAAGGUGCAACUUUUGCUAAUGUAUUACAGAUUACUGAAAACCAAUUCAAAGCGAAGAAUAAUGGAGAAAAUGGCAUUUCUCUAGUCAAAGUACAAACAAAUGAAGAUCACUGGGUCUGGGUUCAAGCUAACACUCAACUUCUGUAUCGAAGUGGUUGUUCAGAAUAUGUUGUUGCCCAACAGCAAAUGCUAAAGGAUGAAGAUGAACAACUGAAGAUACCGAACAGUUUUGCCAGUUUGAAGGGAAACCUGGAAGGACUUUCCUACAACAGUGCCAUUGAAACUCUGGGCCAACUGAAGCAUCUCAACUGGACAGCAGUAAAAAAUGAGCAAGAUAAUGUAAAAGUGAAGUUUGAGCCUCAUACAAAUGGUGAGUGUUUCGUGCAGGAGGAAUCUCUCAGUUCUAAUGCACCAAUUUUAGGCGUUCAAAACAACUGCACCACAAACAGUAGCUGGACUUUCAGAAAUUCAAGCUCUUGUUCUAUAAAUCAGCGAAUGAAUGCGUGUUCAAACCGAAGAGCUGGAUCGUUCUACAACAGGGACCAAAGUUUCUUAAAUUUAGCAUCAACUUGUCCUUCCCACUGGGGUAGUGCAGAAAAUUGUCAGUCUUACUCAGGCUUACAACAGCGUGCUGUGGAGAACUAUACUACAGACCACCUGAAACUGCAGAGAUCAUUAAUAUCCUCGGAGUCUCUCUAUGAUGCAUCAUUUCCCUUGGAUAUGCCUAUCAAAACAGAAUACGAUUCUGAUUCUGAAAACAUUGCUGAUAACUACCCGAUGCCACAAAACCGAGCUUGGCUGGAUGAGAACGGCACCAUGAGGAAGCAGUUGUUCAGCUAUCCCAAUAGGGUGCACCUUAAAGCAGAACCGGACCUCUGUCAGCAAGCUUCACUUUGCCAGAAGCCAAGGCACUGCCUCUACACACCACAUAACUGGCAGUGCAUUGUAGCAAAUCAUCCCAGCAACCUCAGUCUGAACAGAUCUUGCAAGGGUUUGCGUAACAGAGAGGUGGCCCCGUUUUGCCCCCAGAACUCCUCCGCCUGCUUGGAAAGCCUGCCUGACCUGCCGCACGCCGAGGGCUAUGGCCAAUUCUACAGCCCUGCUCCAGGGGAGAAGGAGCAGAGUAAUGAGGUGUUUAAAAUGCCAUGUGAAUUUAAAAACCCUUGCUUGGUUCAAGCGAUCAAGCGUGAGCCCCUGGAUUCCCCACCAUUGUCCAACAUUGGACAGAACAGAGCGCACAUGAGCUUCCCUGAAAAUACAAUAGCAGGUCCUGUGCCUCAUAAAGUCACUGAAUGUACAUUCUUACAAUAGAUUUUAUAGCAUUGGGAAUAUUUAUAAUGUUGAAAGCAAGAAGAAAUUGUAGCUUCACUUCCAGUUGGGUUAAAUGAGUUACUGAAAUUAAAAAACAGUGGAAAGAUGUUAAGUGUGUGUGUGUGCGUGUACCUCUGUGUGUGGAACAAAACAGACACAGAUGCACACUCACUCCCACACAUGCCUUUAAACACAGCCAUUCUCUUAGUGAUCUUUGGAAAGUAAGAAAGACAAAACCUCAGAUACAGAAAAAUAAUCAGUAAUUAUUGCACAGGUGUACCUGCUAAUGUGUCUUCAUCCUUUUUCCUCUCAUGUCUGCAGUUCUGUAACAAGGUGUAGCUAUUUCUGAUUUUUGCCUUUGCUCUUUUUUUUCAAGGUGAUGUGAUGCCUCUGUGAAAAGACAAAAUGUUUAUGGUGUUCAUUGUGGCCAGGAGUUUACCUUUGGAGUUAUUCAGUUUUAUUUUUAGCCACUCUAAUAAGUAUCAGCUAUUCCUUUUGCUCAACACUGAGCUAAUGACAACAGGAAAGGGCUCCCCAAACACACAGAGUAUUCUUGAUUUAAAUGGACAGCAUUAAUUUAAAACAAAUAACAUUCACGAAAUGCAUUACAAGUUAUUGCACUUCACAUAGCUUUUUUUCCAUGUUUUCUAGACAAUAAUAAUGCUUUAAUACACAUUUUCCAUUUUAAAGCCAUUUGCCUUUCAUGUUGCUGUUUGAAAGACUGAACAAUAGGAUGUUAUCCACUUCUUUAAGUGAGUUACAAAAGGUUUCUAAAUGUACAUGAGAAGAAAAUAUUUCACCAGUUAUCUUCCCUGCUCUUGUAACAUUAACAUAAGAAAUGCACUUUUAAAAGUGAUGGUAUCUCUUUGACUGAUAGCAGCCUGUUAGUCAUUAUUAUCUGACAGCAAAACUCAAAUCCCGCGCUAAGAUUAGAAACAUUUUUUUAAAAAGCAUCCUCAUUUCAUUUUCUAAACAAAAUGUAAAUCUUACUGAGAGACGACUGGAUUUAUGACUUUCAAAAGCACUUUGGUGCACUUCUGUGCUUUUGAAAACAGAUCCAUAUGCUUUCUUUCGAAGCCAGAUAGUCACAUAUUUCCACUUUAAAAAACAAUCUACAACUUCAGUUUUGUUUGUUGUAGUUUGACUCCUGCACUAAUUUUGUUUUAAAAUUGCACUAUUUCAACUUUAUAUCACCUUCAACUAUAGAAAACCCAUAUCAUUAAAAAAAAACCCACAACUAGAUGUAUAUGUGCUUUUUUUAAAGAAGUCCUAUAGUGAAUGUUUUCUUUUUCAAAAUGUUAUGAAUAAUUCUGAUGUCUUCAUUUCUUCUAGCCACUGUGGGCAUGACUGUACACAUGCCAGUGAAGUGGCAUAAAUUUCUCCCUAAUGCUGUAAGUGGCAUAAGUGCAGUUUUCAGGUAGGGGAAUAGUUUUGCACAGGGAGUGGCACAUGGGAGGCUGCUCUUCUCCAAGUCUGGUAGAAGUUACUGCCUGCACAUUAGAGUUGGCAGAAGUAAACACUUCUGACAUGCAUUCUCUGCAUGUCAGUUCAGCUUAUGAACAAUGGUUUGAUCUGAAAUGCUGCACUUUACACAGAAAUAAAACUUUUGAUGAUUGUCCUGCGUAAAGACGUGUUCCCCACAGAAAGGCAAGAGUGGAUAAGAAGGGCAAUAAUGUCUUUCUGCAGCUCAAGUUAAUUCUGCCAUAGUCCAGCUGAUCUAACUCAAGCAAGAGAACAUCUCAGUUUUUUGGCAUCUGAGAUGUAUCAGUUCCCUGCUAACCAUAUACUGUCCCUUACUUGAGACAGUCUUGAUAUCUUUGCCUUCACACUUUCACCAGUGGGUACAAUGCAACGUCAGACCCAAUUCAGAGAUGAAACUGUAAUGGUGGAAUUUACUCCACAGUCUAGUACAUCAUUGUUCAUCUCACAUAAAGCUAAGCCCAAUCAGGCAAAUUGAUCUUGGUAUUCAAGUGAGACUAUGAGAAAUCAGCAGAGCUGCACAAAGUCUGCCCCACUGAUUCACUGUCUACAAGAACAAGAGCAGAAAAGGGGUAUUGUAGAGAUAGGGCAAUGUGGAGCAAGUGAAGGACAUGUUGGCAUGACUGCCAGAAAGCUGUUUGUUAACUCCACUCUUGGACUCACCAUGAUACUCCCCCAGAUGAGACUGCCCAGGCCUGCCUGGUUCAGCACUACCUUACAUCUUCUCUUAUCAUUUGGAUUAGUGCAAUGUGACCAUAAAACACUACUGUCCACAUCUAGAAAUGCUGAUGCCAUUUUGCACAGAUGUAAAUGGUCACAACAGGGGCAAUGUUGUAGAGCACUGUGCCUCCGAGUGCCUUGGCUGUGCUUACAAAUAUUUCAUGGCAUAACUACAGAGGCAGAAUUGUACCAUCCCAACAGAAGUUCUCUAAAGUUCUUCCGAUACAGAAUGAAGUCUAUUUUGUUGACUUAUCUUAAUCUAAAGCUCUUCUGGUCUAUUUCAGCAGAGAAGACUUUUCUCAGGCUCCCAACAAAUCCAGUCAUAUUUUAGUCAACAGAUAUUGUGGGAGUUGGUUAAACUCCUGCAUGUAGGAAAAUCUAAUUUGAUACAAGAAUGGCCUUCUGAGAGGAUGAAUUAAGCUGUCACUUCAAAUGAGAUGUCACCUCCUAACUCCUCCCUGUUCAAGUAUGAUCAGAUUUCCUUCCUUAUUCUUCCAUAAAGUCUAAAUCCAUUAAAAAUCAGGUUUGAUUUUAUCCACUUAGCUUGUGGCCACAUUGUUACUGCAGGGCUCACAUCAAAAAAAAGUGUUAUCAGUGGAGUCUGUUCUGGGAAAAGCUAUCACAUAUGCAGCAGUCUCCUAUGAAAUGCGCUUAUUAAGAGAUGGGCACCUUAUUGUACUUUUGGACAACUGCUGGCCACUGUUGAUAGUAAGGAAAAAAAAAGGUCACUUUUGUUUAAGAACUUUGCAUAUUGCACUAGUUGGGAAAAUAAAUGCUGAAAACCAGUCUCUUCUUAUCUGUUUUUCAAGAGCAGGAAUCUGUCCUUCAUCCCCUCUGGAUUAAAAUCUGACAUUGCAUUGUACCCUGUUAAAUUACCAGUGAUUUACUGUUAUAAAACCUUUUUAUACCCAGGCAUUAAUGAUUCCAUGGCAGGAGAAAAAGACAGGGCAGUUGCUUUAAAUUGUUACUUUCUCUUUGUAGUGGUCACUGUUUUGGUACUAUUGGUACUCCUUUAAAAACUACCGUUGAGAAAAGAAGAGUUUAAGAUGCUUCCAGUCAGUGAUGUUUGGCUUUCAUCCUUAGUAAGUUGGUAUUUAUAUCCUCCAAGCACAGCCCUGAGAUCUGUUUUAGGACCUCCCAGUGUAUUUAUUGUACGAAGAAAAAAAUUCCUCUCAUAGAAGAAAUGCCCAGUGAAAUGCUUGUGUGCUGCAAACACAGUAUUCAGGCUGAAAGAAAUGCAUUUCUUUUUCCAGUGUGGACUUUCUAAGACCUGGCUGACAAUAUCAUUCAGACUUCCUCAGCUGUAAAUUCUUCAGUCAGAGGCAGAACAAACUUCUUAAUUCUGGUAUUCAGAGGUUUGGUGGUUUGUUUUCUUGGAUUUAUGUGAUUUUUUGGUGUGUUUUUUGUAGUUGUCUGAGAGUGCAUCUGCCUCUGAGAUGUUACUUAGACCACAGACAGCAGAGAUUAUUAUCAGUGCUAAAGCUAUUGCCUUCACUGUAAAUUUGGCCCCAUUUAGCUAUUAGCAGACAGCUGCACAGAACCUUACAAAUACUGGUCCAAUUAAAGCAUACCACUUAAACCUCCUGUUUUUACUUAAAAACUAGCCUGAUUUGAGCUAAGGGUAAGUGUGUACCAUAGAGUGGACUUUUUUGGCUAUUCUAAGGUUUGCCAGGAUGCAGUUAAGACCAGUGGCUGAAACUGGGGCAGACCUUCACUGUAGGUAACACUAUCAAUAAUUUAUAUUUAAUCCAGACUCUUAGGAUACCAAAAUAGAACUUUGUUUUGGGAAUCUAAAGAGAGAGCAGUGUGUGUGCAAGGAAUGACCUGGUUUCAGUUGGUCCACAGUCUGGAGAUCUAACUAGUGAAAUAGAAGAGCAAACAGCUAUACCUAAAUUCUUUGUAGGACAGACUGACUUCCUAGUACUUGAUUAUAAUGUGUUCAUGUUUUCAUUGCCCUUAAUUAGAUGACACUGAUAUAUUGAAAUCCUUAGAAUUGAGUCUCAGUGUCCUCUGGAUGGCUUAGGGAGGUCUGACAUUUGUGUGUCAGGCAGUUCAGAAUGACUUCUUCUUAUGAUCCUUGAGAUAGUAUUAACAUUGACAGGGCAUGUGCAAUUCUCCUGGAAAUUCCCAAUGCUUAAAAUACUUACGUGGAAAGCAUCCAGCCUGAGGCAAGGAAUUGUUUGUGGGAUAGAAUCAGCUUCUGCUGCUUGGAAGCCCUGCUUAACUCUUUCUGUUGAAGCCAUAUUGGAACUUAAGUAGAACAACCCACCCAGGGUAUUUAUUUCAUAAAAGCCAUUAAUUUAUCAAAAAAAAAAAAAAAAAAAAAAAAAAAAAAGGAUAUUUUAAUUGAAAGAAGAAAAAGAUAUAAUUUCUUCUAUCUAUAAAUACAUAUAUUGCCUCAGGUAGUCACAAAAUAAACCCUUACUCAUUUUCUUUCAUUGGAGUGUCAUGUAACUAAGAUCCCAGCUCAGUGGUAGAUGUAUAGAGCUUUCCUACUUUAUUUUUUGUCUUUUCCUUCUGUUCACUCACUAGAAAAUAAGUUUCUUCCCCUGGAUUUUCCUCCUCUCUUAAGUCUUGUAAAAUCCUCUAUGAAAUCUCGUGUUGUAACUGAAGCAGACUUCUGUAAUAUGUGCAUUAGAGGUUCUGCAGGUGGCCAUGCUCAGGGUUUAGCCACAUGGCUCUCAUUUAGCCGAACAUGACUGAUAGGUGAAGGCUACCAGUAGCUCAUGUUCAUAGAUGCCAUCAUCCUGACAAGUACACCUUUGAAUCCAAGUGGCACAUAUUCACACAUUUCCCCAUGAUACUAUCAUAACUACUUUCCUCCCCCUGCAAACAUACCAUGUCCUUUUCUUCUCUUCUUUCUCUCACCUAUCACAGUGCUUUUUUACCUGUAGAGAACUGUGUUCUAUAUGCUGGCCUGAGUGACAUUUUCUCAAAAUUGAUAUUCUUAGUUUUUAGAUUUGUCUUUGCUUGUAACAAACUGCUCUCAGAUACUCUGAAAUCUGAGUCAAGUCAAAUAUGACGAACAGUGUUUCUGGAGCUGUGGAGUAUGCAUUGAUAAAAUUUAACUGAAUUACAAGUUUUAUCACAUUAGAAGUUGUGUUGGGAUGUACAUUGAGAUAGAUUCCAAUUUCUUUAAAUUUAGUUUGAAUUUAGAUAGAAAUUCAAAUGUAGUUUGAAGUGCAUACUUCAAUUAACAGCACUGAACAAGAUCAUCAAUGACAGUGUUUGGGGAGAAAGAGUAAAACAUUAUUACUAAGACAAAUCUGAUGAUGAAGAAUUAUCACCUUAAGUGACACGUUGCUGUCAAGGUGUUUUGUGACUACAGCAUUAAUUCAUUGCCAGCAAUUCUGUGCUCUUUGAAAACAAGGAUUGAGGUCAUUCAGUGCUAGGCUGUGUUUCUCCAUCACACUGAAAGCAUCAUUCUAGGAGGCAUGCAGUGCUCCUCUUCCUUGCACGGAGUUACUCUUUGGAACUAUGAUAAAUUUAGUGUCUGCAUUAACACCCUUGCAGCUGGUCAUUGCCACUGAACUGUCACUUGGUGCUCUGGUUGUGCAGCCUGAAUUGGAAUCCCAGAAUUUCCUGGUUGUGACACAGUUGCAGUGACAGCUGUACAACAUUCAAAACUUCCUUUUCACACUUGUAUUGGUAGAAUUAUGGUUUUCCAUUGCCUAAGUAUGAGGAAAACACAAACACGUGGCAGAAGGCAAUAUAAAGAGCAUCAGUUUCAUAGCUAAUCUCAGUAAUUUCAGUCAAUUAAUUAAAAGACUAUGUUAAAAAAUCAGAUGAGGUUCUGGUUUAGAACUCUCCAUUUUGCACAGGAGAGUGUCACAGGUGUGUCACCACUGUUCUGCUUCUUCUUAGGUCACACCUUGGUCUCUCCCUUCCUUAUCCCAUUACUGUCACUUCUGAACUUUUUUUCUUUCUUCUUCUUCUUCAUCAUUUUUUUUAAUUAUUUUUGCAUCAUUUUCUUCCUGUGUUUACUUAAAAUCUGAGGCAAUGGGAGGCAAGCAGCAACACUGUGUGUGGUUUUUUUGCUCUACUUUCAUCAUAGUCAUAGAAUCAUAGAAAGGCUUGGGUUGGAAGGGAUCUUAAUGAUCAUCUAGUUCCAACCUCCCUGAUGUGGGCAGGGUUGGAUAGUCUGGAAGAUUCUUCCUCUACAUGACUAGCAGCGUUCCCUCUUCUGAAAGGGCUUUUCUUCACACUCCUUUACCUCUUCACAGGUUCCUAACGAAACCAAAGAACCCUUUCUUCCUUAAAGGUGUCUGUACCUAUUGAAAAACUUCUCCUUUUUCUCCCUCAAGGUUUUCUACCUUUGUGAUUUGUGAUAGGAUGGUACUUUGCAGCCUCCACUCUUUCUGUUUUGUGCCUCCAUAACUUUAUUAUCUACUUCAGGCACACUUUCAAAGCUUUGCCAAAAGAACAACGUUAUGCAGAAGUGCAAUGCCCCAUUACCUUCCCUGUCCCCUUUGAAGAAGACAGAGGUACUGACAGAAGUCUUGGAGUAAUUACAGCUCAUAAAACAGAAAAAAGUUCUUUUGCUGGGGAAGCUUACCCUACUUAGGCAGCUGUAUUGCCAAGAAGCGCUUGAGCUGCCACCAGGAGUUUAAUUCUUCAAGUAUACACUGCCAAACGCUUUUGCGUUCAGACCUGCCCGCUCUUUACAGAAAUGAAGGAGCCCACUUUCUUCUUUUUGGAUCCUUCGUUUCUUUCCUACACGCCUUCAUCCUUUCACUGUGCAGUUGCACUUUUAAUAUGUAAUUUUCUAAAAGAUGAGUAUGGAAGUAUUGUUUAGAGUGUACAGAGCAGUGUUUCCUAUCAGUCCAUUUUAGGUUUUGGAAUCAGAGCUGCAAAGAAUUAUUGAGGGCUUCAAUGUGACCCCAUCUUAAGGCCUGUAACUGUUACAGAAACGUAGAAAUAAUAAAAUACGGUAUCAAAAUCUGCUGUUAGCCAUAAAAAAAAUAAAAAUAAAAAAUUAAAAGUGCCAUUCUUGUUCCUCCUAAGUCCAAACAGUAGAGGACAAGACUAAAUAGAAAGAGCACAGAGACCAAGCAACACUUGGCCUGACUGCUUCUCCCCAUCAGAUGGGUAUUACGUGAGCCCAAUGUUAUGGGCACAGCUCUGGAAGGACCAAGCCCCGUGCUGAGCACUGUGUGAGCACGCACCAGUGGGUGUACGGAGCAGGCAUAAGGCUGAUGCACUCGUGGAACUGCGGGGACGGGCAUCAGCAAAGCCUGGAGCUGGGAUCCUCUGCUAACGCGUAAUCCAACCAGCAGCAACUAUGCUGCUUCCUAUACAGUUGUAAUAGACCCCCCAGGUGUAUCAGCAGCAGGCUAAGUAAAUGUGUGGAUUUUGUAUUUUGGAAUUUUGUUGUAACAGGUGCACUUUUCUGUUUUGUGGGUUUUUUUUUGGUUUGUUUGUUUUUUU